AUGGAACGGCGGCUGGCGGAGUUCCGGGAGGCCCGCAAACGGGCCGGGCUGUCGGCUCAGCCCGGCACGUCGCGCCAGAGCGCACCCGCCUCUGGAGAGAAGGCGGAAGCGGCUGCGACUUCCACUUCCGCCCCAGGUUGGCUAAGGCGGCUCGUGGCGUGGGGCCGGAGGAGCCCGCACCGCGCUCAGGAAGCCACCGAGCCUGGGAGCCGCACACCACAGCCGCCACGGAGCACAGCCGGUCCUCCCCCUCCACCCUGCCACCCUUCUCUUCUGACCAACGUCACCUUCCUGAAGGUUCUCCUCUGGCUGGUCUUGCUGGGACUGUUUGUGGAACUGGAGUUUGGCCUGGCUUAUUUUGUCCUGUCGUUGUUCUACUGGAUGUACGUGGGGAUGCGAGGCCCCGGGGAGAAGAAGGAGGGAGAGAAGAGCGCCUACUCCGUGUUCAACCCAGGCUGCGAGGCCAUCCAGGGCAGCCUGACGGCAGAGCAGCUAGAGCGGGAGCUGCAGCUCAGACCCCCGCUGGGGAGGUAGGACGGGCCCUGCCGGCCCUCCUGCCCCCGAGCUGAGCCUGCGCCCGACUUCCGCGCACAGGACGAAGGGCAGCUUGCAGGGUUGGCUCUGCCACUGCCAGGCUCUCUUCCACUCUGCCCCUGAUCUGCUGCAGUUUCAUUUUGAACUUCUCUUUGAUUCUGGUGAAAGUUUCUAAAAGAAUCUCACUGUGGAGCCGAGCUGGUAUAAUUUAUAUAAAAAAAAUCAUGUGAGAAAA